ACUGAAUAUAAUUUGAGUCUAAUUUGGUGUUCACUUGUAGUGGCCUUCAGUUUAAAAAUCUUGUUCUCAAUAACCGGCCUUUACUUCAGAGGCGGUGACGAAGCAAUAGGCGAGAGGUCUCUGACUAUAGUUUCGGGAUCUCUAUUCUUCUUGACGGCUAUGAUUGUGUUAAUCGCUGACGAAAACUUCUUGGAGUUUGGAUUAGUUCCGGCCUAUAAGAGCUUCAAUGAAAGUGCUUUUAAAUUACUAGAAACUCAUGCAAUUAGUGAAGGUAUGGGUAGUGGACCGACAUCUAUGCUUAUGGUUAAGUUCUUUCUGUCCAUUUGGUGCGCUAUUAUCGGCGCUUUCUUUACAUUUCCGGGACUCCGGAUCUCCAAAAUGCAUUUCGACGCCAUUAAGUACUCGUCCAAUGAUCCCGUCUCUCUGUGA